AUGUGGAUGGAGUAUCAAGCAUUGCAGGGGUGGGUCACGAAGCUCAAGGGUGUCAUGUACGAGGCGACCAACAUCCUCGACCUCUGCGAGCUCAAGGCCAUGGGUCGGCGGGACGCAGCACCCGCAUCCUGCUGCAACCCUCUGCUCUUCUGGUUGCGGCACCCCAGGUUCGCCCAUGACAUUGGCAGCCGCAUCAGGAAGCUCAACAAGAGGCUGGACGACAUCUGCAAGCUAGGCGCUGCCUUCAGCUUCAUCAAGCUGGAGACGUACCAGGAUUAUAGGACCGGCCGACCUUCUGCGGCUGACCGGAAGACGGAUCCCGUGUUGGAGCGCUCGGCCGUGGUAGGGGAGAAGAUUGAAGAGGAUACAAGAGCGCUGGUGGAGGAGCUGACAAAGGAUAAUGAUGGCAUCGCGGUGGUCGCCAUCGUGGGUGUUGGCGGGAUCGGGAAGACCACCCUUGCGAAGAAGGUCUUCAACCAUGAGGAAAUGCAACCCAAGUUUGAAAAGAAGAUGUGGCUGAGCGUCACGCAGGACUUCAGCGAGGUUGAGCUACUAAGGUCGGCUAUCACCGCUGCCAAUGGAGUACUCCCUGCGACUCAAGACAAAUCUAUGCUUGUGCCGGCCCUUCUCAACGCUGUCAGAAAUCAGAAAUUUCUUCUGGUUUUGGAUGACAUGUGGAGUGAUAGAGCAUGGACCUCAUUACUCAAUGCUCCCUUCAGCCACGGUGCCCCUGGUAGCCGGAUCAUCAUCACCACGAGAAAUGAGACGGUUGCCCGAGGCAUGAGAGCCAGAGAGCCCUACCACCGGAUCGAUAAAUUAGGGCCCGAGGAUGCCUGGACAUUGCUCAGGAAACAGUUGAUCUUAGAAGAGGAUGACAAAACUAGAAUCAGAGAUGUUGUCUCAAUGUUCUUGACAGUAGUCUCAGGAGAGGCAGAUGGACAUGAUAUCGAUUUGCUUAAGGAUAUUGGAUUGCAAGUGGUAGCGAAAUGUGAUGGUUUGCCUCUUGCUGUGAAAGUAAUGGGAGGACUUUUGUGUCAGAAAGGAAAGCAACACCAUGACUGGGAGAUGGUUCUGAAUGAUUCAAUAUG